UUUUUUGACCGAACUCCUACCCUUCAAAACCGCUCCGGGUUGAUAUGAUCUGACUUGAUUUACCUAUCCUUGCUCCAUCAAAUAAACAAAUAAGCAUAAUUUCCAUUUGUUUAGGUACAAAAAACGAUUGUACUAUAUUUAGUUUCGGAUUUGAAGAUCAAGGUGGACAUGUCAAUACUUAUUCCUGGAGUUUAGCACCUGGACUUUCCGAAAAAAUUGAAGAGACAACAAAAGCUAUUAAAAAUAUUGCUGGUGGAAAUUUACAUCGAACAACAUCUUCAUCGUCAACAAGAAUUGACAAAGAUUUUAUUAAUACAGUCCAUGGUACAGUUCAUUUUGCUAAACAAUUGAUACGGCAGCAUGUUCUAUUUCGAGAUGCUAUCGUUCGUCAUCGAAAUUUUUCUUAUCCACUUUCACUCUUUACAUUUAAUGAACAAUUAUUGAAUCGGAAACAAUCAUUAGUUCAUUAUCAAACUAUUAUUGAUGGAUGUAGCCUACCAAAAUCUGUUUCAUCAAAUUUAUAUGAUAAUACUGAACAUGGUAUAGCUGCUAUUGUACAAUCUUAUUUCAAAGAUCCUUUAAUAUUUUUUCAUUCUGUUAAAAUUUCAAAUGUUUUGUUAAAAACAACAACAAUAUCAUAUAGUAAAUUAUUUGCUGAUAAUUGUAUAUCAUUUUAUUUUUCUGAUAAUCAACAAAAAAUGGGUCUUAUACGAGCUAUUGUGAAGUCAAAACAGGAUACUGUUAGAUUGUUAAUUGAAGAACUUAUUGAAAAAAAAUCAGAUUCAUCAAAAAUGAAAUUUAAAUUGAAUGAUAAAUUUAUAAAAGUUCCAAAUAUAUUCAUUUUAAAUAGAUCAAAUAUUUACCAUCUUAAACAUCCAAAAUGGGUUAUAAAAAAACAUGCGAUGAUUUUUAGACCUGAUAAUUGUGUAAUUGUACUUGAAUAUCCUAAUUUAAAAGAUAAUAAACAUCGUGAACAUGGCAAUCGAAUCAUACAUGAAUUUUUAAUAGGACAAGAAAAUAUUCUACGUGAUUUACCACGAGGCAAAUCUAAAGAAGUUUUAGCAAAAGAUCGCAUGAAACUCUAUCAACAUUCAACACAAUGUCCAGUAGCGAUGCAAAUUUUUCUCCAUGCUAAUCCACAAUAUUGGCGAUUUGUACCCAUGACAUUGGAAGAAGCCGAAAGACCAGAACAAAAAAAAAUUUAA